GCAUGAAGUUUUACAUGUCUGAAUUUGUUUGUUUUUAACUUUCAAACACUGAAAAUCGCCUCGAAAAUCAUCAUUUUGGAUGUGGACUUGUCAGUAUCGGCCUUGACCCAUAUCAGUCUAGAGCCUAAUUUAAACCUGUAUCCUCCAGACCACAACAGGUGCCCCCUCCUCCCCUCCUCUUUACGCUCCACCUGUCUUCCCUUCUCCGCGGCGGGCUGGCGACCCAGAAAGCAGCCGUCAUUCAUUAGAAAUGGUAUGCUGAUCCGCCGGGGGGCCGGACGGCACAAACCCCCUCGGUCACCGGAUCGGCGGCAGCUGCUCGGCCCCCCGGUGCUAUUUUCACCCUCAGGAUAAAGUGAUGUGCAGCCGCCCGCCCGCCCGCACGGCCCCAGCAAGCUCCAGUCAGACCACAGCAGAGCCAGGAUGAAGUCCACAGGCAGCGAGCGCACCGCGCAGCCCGACGGCUUCACCUCCGACCUGGACGACCUGGACAGCGGCAGCGACAGCUCCGAUGGGAAGUCCACCGGCGGCUGCAGCCCCCGCAUAGAGCCGGAUGGGGGACUGGAUGAGGCAGGUGUCUCCCGGGCCUGUGCGCCUAGACGCAGGAGAAGGCGGAGACGCAGCAGCAGCGGCGGAGGUGGAAGAGCCGGUGGAGACGCGCGUCUCUCCGGCGUGAGCCAACAGAGGCAGGCGGCGAACGCGCGGGAGCGGGACAGGACGCACAGCGUGAACACGGCCUUCACUGCGCUCCGCACGCUCAUUCCCACCGAGCCCGCCGACAGGAAGCUCUCCAAGAUCGAGACGCUGCGCCUGGCCUCCAGCUACAUCUCGCACCUGGCCAACGUGCUGCUGCUGGGGGAGGACUGCCGGGACGGACAGCCCUGCCUCCGCUACCAAAGCAUCCUGCACGGGCCUGCUGCGCUCAGCGCCGCCUCCCUGCGGCCCAUCUGCACCUUCUGCCUCGGCAACCAGAGGAAACUGCUCAGAGAUGGAGGGAAGCACUCAGCUGUCGUGUGAAGCUUCUUGAGGCCUCGACAGACCUCCACCUUGACUGUUGUUUACAUGCAGACAAGAGACGUGGCGUAAAAGAAUCAGACUUUGUACAUAUAACUCACGUAUUUAUUUAUUUAUUUACUUUUACUUAUUAGAAGACAAACACUGAAAAGCACUUUCUGUUCACGUCCGUGUGCUUCUGAACCUCUGUGUUUUGGUUGAGCUGUAACCUGAGCCGAUGUGUAAGGCUGCACCUGACGGGGGGCUAUUUUGGUCCCACAAAUAUUACAAACUACCCCUUCCACCCCCACCCUCCAUGUCCAACUCCUUGCCGCCUUCAGUCACAUGAAGGAAACCAAAGAGCAGCUAUUGCAGCGGUUGCUGUCAGUUGAGCGGCGUUAACACUUUAAAGGGGCAUUAACCUCUUAUCUAGUGGUGAACAGCGGGAACUGCAACAACACCGAUCGCUCUGGCACGGCACCAUUUUGUUUCAGAACAUGACGACAACUUUCUGUGAGGUCAAUCUACGUGGUUACGACGUCUAAAAUUUGUGUGUUUCAGUAUACAACGACCUCCAAGACACUUGUGAUCAGAUCGCUUAAAGAUGUAUUUAGGCGAUCACACCGCCUGGUUUAUGUUUGGUUCAUGUGUUCGGGCUUUAAAAAUCGUACAAGUUGUUGUUGAGUCAGGAACUGACCGGGCUCAAAUACCUUCCAUGUGCGCCAUGGCCGGAGGAGUCAAUCGCAGCCCUUCUGGUUUCAAUGUUUCAAACACCAGAAGCAGUUCUCCGCUCGUAGACUCCAUGGAGCCACCGUCGAUCUGCACAGAGCAGCUUGAGCUGGCAGGAAAAGUCUGACACAGAAACAGCAAAGAGAAUCCGGUCAAUGUGCAAACACCCGAUUGAUAAAAACAACCAAAAGAGAAACAACUGAACAUUUUACUUUUACUUUGUUGCCCAUUGAGAAAGUCCCAAGACACCCUUAAAAUGAAUCUUUGGAGUUUGGAGAAACUCCCUAAACCCUGCCAAAGGCUCUCUGGAGCUUCUUGUAAAUUCAGCAAAUGUUUUACACAAAGUUCUUUCUUUGUCUGUUUGCCCCAGGGUGUUGAGCUGCCGGCGUUUGCAAACUGCAAUGAUGUAUCAUCGUCUACAGACGGUUUAUCCCAGGUGUAAACAAGCUCGGUGUGCUCAGACAGACGGGUGAAUUUCAGACGUGUGUUUACGAACAAAUCCAACAGAAAGACGUGACUGGACAAAGACAUUCAUGGAAAGCUAAACACAUAUCCGCAUUUCACGAGGAUUUAUGAUUCUACUAGACUGGACUAGAGUAAUACGGAUGAAUGGAUGAUUGAGUGAAUGAAGCGAGGCGAAAAGUUAUGCCCAAAAUAACCUCUAUCGCAACUGAAGUGGAGGAUAUAUUUGGGUAUAUUUCAGGGUGCUUAUUUAAGCUACUUUGCAUGAACUCAGGGGAAGAUUUCAGGGAGCUUGAAGUAAAAAUGUUGGUUUAGUCCGCUACAGAAGUCGAGUUAAUAACUGUCACCACCUUGCAAAGACGGGUGUGAAUUUAGCAUUAGUUUUGGAGCCACGCCCAAUGUGACCUUUGCCAUGUCUCUAUUUGUUGUGUAAGAUAAUUGGGAUCUCAAAACUGGGAAGUUUUGGGCUCCACUGAUGCCGUUUAGCCUCAAAGCUUUUCCCAGAAACUCAUGAUACGUCCCCAAUUUGAAGAUCCGACGGGAUGCUACUUUGUUUAUCUCUUAGCCUGAAUUCAGGAUGAACUGUCAGGAUAUAAAAAUAUAUUUGCAGUGUGGUGAAAUGUUUACGUUUGCAUUGUUGCACAAUCUCUGUUAUCACUUUAAAAAUACAAAACUGUGACGUUUUGUGUGCACGUGUUUUGUGUGGGAUGCCCUGGCACGCAAAGUGCAUUAGUUUGUACCAAUAUGGAGAAUAUCUAAAUCACAAACAACCGGAUCCCUUAUAUAUAUAUUUAUUAUACAGCACAUAUGGAUGAAAACUAUCACUGGGAAAUGUUGCACACUACCUCAAACAUAUGUAUUAAAUAUGAAGGCCUACCUCUAAAUCUAAUGUGUAACAUGACUGUUUAAUAAUGUACUUGAAUACCUGACUAACUGUGUCCUUUGCACAACGCAAGUACUGAGAAGCAGCUUGAAGAAAAACAAAAUGUAUUUUUCUACAAUAAAAAUGAGAAAAUCAAACCGCCCUGAGUUUGCUCAUUGUCUGUAAAUAUGUGAACAAAAGAAGUGGCAGCAACAAUCUAAUGCAUCCAAAAAAACACAUUGGAAGAUGGCUGUUUUGGUGUUGAAUAACUAAUUAAAUCGCAGUAAAAUCUUCAUCGCAAGGCUCUUAAAAAAAGAAGGAAAGAGUCCAGAGGACCACAAAGACGGCUGGGUGGUUGAGUCGUACAUUCAGGCGACUUUUCCCAUGCCGACCGAAGAUUCUCUGAUGCCAAAAAGUUCAAAUUGCGACUUUUUCACGCUUAUUUCUAAAGAAGUGUUGGCGUAAGAACAAAGUGAUCCUUUUGAGUGAUGGCUUUUAUUGAAAUUUGAUUAUUUAGUACUUUAUUACAUUUCUUUGACAACUCCUCGGAUCUUUAAAGCUAACGAUUCUCACACCGUAGAAAUUCACUUGUUACAGCAGCUCACAAUAUACAAGGUGGAUAAGAAAAAUACUCAUAAUUAUAGACGUCAAACUUAAGAUAAAACGGCAUUAUUCCAAAUUAAUUGCAGGUACAUCAUUCAUGACAAUUACUACAUUGUUUCAGCAAAUUUUUCUAUACAUUUCUUGCUGUAACAAGUGACUAUCCCUGUAGUGGGACGUCAAACUAUCGUCUCACAAUGGAUUUUAUUCUCCGUUUGUAUUUAACGUUUUAAAAACCACCUUAUUUGUUUGAAAGUCUGAGGUUUGACGUUUCGCUCUGCUUUUAUUAGACCCAAGAAAUAAUAAACAUUAAGCCUCAAAGUUAAUAAAAAAACAAACAGAAGAACACAGCGGAAGCAUUUCAAUAAUCUUUAUUUCAUAAAAAAGUCAAUCAGUUUAUAUCAGAUUAAAGAAAGUAGAAACCAAUAAUAAUCAGUUAGCUGGCGAGGCAUCUUACAGGGAGGCGUGUCUUCUGAGUGACCUCGACACGCCGUACAGGUUUACCCAAAAAAAAAAAAAAAAAAAAGUCAAUAAAGAAGGCGUUUAAAGUUUAAGACCCGACAGGAGCCAAAACGUGAGCUGGGCGAAAUAAUAAAGUUACAGGGGAGGAAAAAAAAAAAAAAAAAGAAACUUUGGCAAAAAUUGCGUAACCGUUUCCGUCGGCCUCGUAGUCGCAUGGCAAAAAAUGCAAACUAUCAAAUCCAGGUUCAGAUUCAUUCACGCAGCGGCCAUCGAGAUCACAUGGAAUGUUUUGUAUCCAAAUUACAGAAGGCAUUACAACAAUAAUAUUAAUACCAAAAUAGAAAAA